GUUAUUCAUUCAGCUUGGAAACUUGGGCGAACGACUUCUGCUACCGACAAGAAUCGACUAUUUUCAAUAAAAAAUGGGCGACUUUUUGAGACAGCUUGAAGAAGCUUCACAUAUCAUAUUGGCACCACCUCAUACUGUUAAUCAGGAACAGAGACAAGCUGCAGAGCAUACCAUUCUUGCUUUCAGAAGAGCAUCAAACCCACUCCAGGCAUGCCAAUUCAUUUUGGAACACAGCAGUGUUGACUACAUCUUGUUCCAGGCUGCAUCAACGGUCAAGGAAGCGGUCAUUAGAGACUGGGCAAUGCUUGACCACUCGCAGGUUAACAGUGUCCGCAGUUUUCUUCUGAAAUAUGUCACGCAUAAACCAGGCUUACCCAGCUAUGUGCGGGAGCAGAUUCUUCAAGCGGUAGCGGUAAUCUUCAAGCGAGGGACGGUAGAGAGCAAGGAGAAUGGUAGGGAAGGCCUCUUUGCCGAUAUCUCACAGCUCAUCACAAGCGGUGAUCCACCUUUGCAAAUGAUAGCAUGUUCCAUGUUGACGGCUCUCCUCAACGAGUACUCAGGAUCCACAAGAACCAGUGAUAUCGGUCUCAGCUGGGAGUUCCACAUACAAUGCAAACAUAUAUUUGAGAUUCACGACCUGAAGAAGGUGUUCAUGUAUGCUGUCCAAAUCCUUCAUCAACUGAUGUCAACAGAAGGUCCUCUGAGUGGUGACACAGCCAAGGUCUUCAGUAGAUUCUUGAGUAUAUGUGAACAGGUCCUGAGUUGGGAGUUUGCUCUUGUUAGACCGGCGAGACGGCGUGUAGGGUCAUUCCAGCCUGUGGACACACCCCCUCUUAGACCCGAUGGUAAAUGGAGAGACCCACUUCUAGACCAUGGACUGCUGGAACUAUUUUUCAAGAUUCAUGCAAGGACACGGUUAAACCCUGAUUCUUGUCACAUUGCCAUGCAGUGCCUGUCCCAGCUAGCUACCCUUGACGGACCAGUCUUUGCUGACCGCAAGGCCAAGAGUGACUACCUGGCUCAUUUUAUACGGUGCCUUCUCCAGGCUCUCAAUGGUUCUGAGGUGCAGGACCAUGAGGCCUUGGGAUUUGCUAACAUCAUCAAUCAUCUCAUUACCAAGUUCCCUAUAGAGCUCAUCGCUGGUCAAGCUGCUGGUCUUCUAAACUCCUUUGUGGAUUCUCUAUCAAGCUUCACCUGUCUUUGUGGCCGUCAAGCUGCACUUGAAGAAGCAGUAAGUCCUUUAAGUUUUCUUAAUCGACCAGGUUGUUAACAUUUUAUUAAAAUUUUGUGCACAUUUUACUGUUUCCUGAGAGGUUCAGGGAAAAAAAACCACUUGCUGACCAACCAAGCAUGCGCUGAACAAUUCUGUUCAUCUUAGUGUAAGGUGCUCAGCCGAGCAGGAGUUUCACUCAUUUGCGCAUGCUCGAGGCAGCGUAUAUCCAGCUAACAGACCUGAUUCUGUGCUGCCAGAAGGAGUUUGUAAGAAUCCUUGCGUUAUUUUAGUUGCUUCGCUCCAAUAUACGUCUGAUACCAAGCCUAACUUGUUUGCUUGACAGCCAAUCACGGCUCACCAUUUAGCAUCCAUCGUCUGGUUAUGGUUCUAUUAUAUAUUGUUCAUUCAUGCAUUUUUACACCGAUGGGUGCAUGUCAAAAAGCUUCGGUAUGUCCGUUUUUAAGGCUAUUUUACGAAAAAAAUACACUUGGCUGGUGGUGAUUAAGCCCCCAAAAUGCUCAAAACAGCUCUGGGAAUUAAAAUAGGAGCCCUGGAAAAUCUCAAUUUAUUACAAUGUUAAAGCUUAUACAGUGUCGCUGAUCCAGGUAGUAAGUUGUAAAAAGAAGCCCCUGAAAAAAAAAAUUGUCUCGAGAGGUUUCAUGGUACACCAUGUAUUCUUUCUUGGACAAUAAGCACCAAAAGAUA